GGACAAAGGCGUGGAGGAAUGUCAGUUCGCUGUAGCUGCUGUCUGUCAGUCUCUGGGGGCAUUUUUGUAACAUCAGAUUUUUGGAAAAAUGCUGCAUGCAUGGGAUCGAUGUAUGGGAUCAAUGUAUGGGAUCAAUGUAUGGGAUCAAUGCAUGGGAUCAAUGUAUGGGAUCAAUGUAUGGGAUCAAUGCAUGGGAUCAAUGCGUGGGAUCAAUGUAUGGGAUCAAUGUAUGGGAUCAAUGCAUGGGAUCAAUGCGUGGGAUCAAUGCAUGGGAUCAAUGCGUGGGAUCAAUGCGUGGGAUCAAUGCGUGGGAGCAAUGCGUGGGAUCAAUGCGUGGGAUCAAUGGAUGGGAUCAAUGGAUGGGAUCAAUGUGUGGGAUCAAUGUGUGGGAUCAGUGUGUGGGAUCAAUGUAUGGGAUCAAUGCAUGGGAUCAAU